UGUGGCAGAGUAUGGGGGAGGAAGAGUGUCAAAGCGCAUGCGCCUCUGUAGCCCUCCCCCAUCCCCACGCUUCCCGCAGAAGGGAGAAAGGAUGGAUGGAUGGAAGGAUGGAUGGGGGGGGGGGGAACAAUGGAGCUACGUCACCAGAGGCCCCGCGCGCCCGCUCUCUAUGUAUGAGGAAGGAGGCUCGGCGACGACGCAUGCGCGAAGAUCUGUCGACUAAAACGGUUCGCCGAGAGGGAAAGAAAGACGGACCGAGGGAGGGGCGGGGAAGAGGAGAUUGAUUGACAGGUGACGUCAGGCCAGGGUGAGCGAGUAGCAGCACGAGAAGGGGGCAGUGAGAGGGAGAGCGAGUCCGGGGCGCGCGCUCCGGGGACAGGCGCUGCCAUGAAGUUGCAACUUAGUAACCAUUUCAUGUAGAUACUUUGUUUCUUUUUGUUUUUAUUUUGUAUCCGUUUGCAUUGAGAUUGUUGCAAAGUCAGCAGGAAGGAGAGAGGGAGAAGGGAGAGGGGAGACGGUGGGGAAUCCUGCAUUACAAACACACAUACAUACAGUGAGACACACACCCACCCAGACACACUGAGAGCAGCCAGUGCAACACACUCGCCGGAGACCCCCCCCACACACACUCCUCCUCUCUCCCUCUUCCUUUUCCACACACACACAUACACAGACUCUCGGAGCCGCCGCCAUGUCGUCCGCCGCGGUCGCCUCCACCCGGAGACAGUCGUGUUACCUGUGUGACUUGCCCCGCAUGCCGUGGGCGAUGAUCUGGGACUUCACCGAGCCCGUCUGCAGAGGAUGCGUCAACUACGAGGGAGCGGACCGCAUCGAGUUCGUGAUCGACACCGCCCGCCAGCUGAAGCGGGCUCACGGUUUCCAGGAGGGCCGAUCCCCCGGACCGGCCGCCGGUAAAGCCACGCUGACCAAAGAGAGCAGCUCGCCGCAGCUGGUGCACCCGGCGGACGGCUGCUCGUCCAGGCCGCCCCAGCCUCUGGACCGUUACCCGCUGGCCUCGGACCGGCCUCCCCCUCGCCUGGAGUUCCCGCCGGCCCGCCAGAACGGCACCGGCUCCCUGCUCAACGGCUACUCGAAAGCGGACGAGCCGCCCGAGCUGAACCGCCAGAGCCCCAACUCGAGGAGGGCACACGGGGCGCCGCCUCCUCCGAACCUGGUGCCCAUGGUGAACGGGAGCUCGCACCCUCUGCCUCCUCCCCCGCCGCCUACUUCGCAGCCGCACGGCGUUAACGGGCGCCUCCUGGAUGUAAACAAACGGCCCGGAGGCGGCGGCGGCUCCUCGGGCGCUCCCGCCGAACACGAGGCGGCCAAGGACAGCAAACACCGAGCCGACGAGCUGGCCGACAGCCUCAAGAGCCGGGGGGAGGAAUGGGCCGGUAAGCCCAAGACGGUGAAGGAGACGCUGAUGAGCCUGGCCGGACACCCGCCCUUCGAUGUCAGGUUCAAGAAGGAGCAUUCGCUGCAGCACGGCCGGGUGCUGGCAUUCGAUGCCACGGCGGCGGCGGCAGCAGCAGCGGCCGCAGCGGCUAAAUCAGGUACCCGAGGAGGCCGCAAGAGGAAAGCAUCACCUGAGCCUGAAUCAGAAGGGACCGGGCCACCCCUUGGCAGCAAGGUCAACGGAGAGGGGCAACCAUGGCCCCUAAUGCCAACUGACAGCCUGAAAAUGACGCCGGCGCCCUACGCCCCCUCGCCAUCCCCCCACUCCACGCCGCCGGACGCCGGGCAGAAUGGACAGUCUCCCAUGGCCGCCCUGAUCCUGGUGGCGGACAACGCGGGCAGCGUGCACUCGCCAAAGGAAGCUGGACAGGUCCACUCGACAACCCGACGCAACAGCAGCAGCCCCCUUUCGCCGUCGUCCCUGAGCCAGAGGCGGAUGGGCCAUCGGGACACCUCGGCAUCAGGGGGUAACCCUCACCCGGGCAUAGAACCGGUGCACCCGCCAAACAUUCCAGACUCCUCGGUGCCCAGCAGUGUGCCACUCUGCUGUACAAUAUGCCACGAACGCUUGGAGGACACCCACUUCGUGCAGUGCCCAUCGGUGCCCUCGCACAAAUUCUGCUUCCCCUGCUCAAGGGAGAGCAUCAAGCAACAGGGGGCCACGGGCGAGGUGUACUGCCCCAGUGGAGAGAAAUGCCCAUUGGUUGGCUCCAACGUGCCCUGGGCUUUCAUGCAAGGAGAGAUUGCCACCAUCCUGGCUGGGGAUGUCAAAGUAAAAAAGGAGAGAGACCCAUGAUUCGUUUGUGUGUUUGUGUUUUUUUAAAAAAAAAGAAAGACACUCUUGAAACCACCCUUCAAAAAACUGAUUAAUUGUAUAUACUCAACACGUAAACAUGGCUGUACAAUUUUGAUUUUCAAUACAUUGUGUUUCUAUAUUUUUUGAAGAUUAAGAAGGUAUGUACUCAUGAUCGUUUUUUUCUGCUCUUUCUCUCUCUCUCUCUCUCUGAUGUAAAUCGUUAUUAUACAUUAUUGGAAAAAUCUUUCUGUACUGGCCUUUUCUUGGUGACAGUAACUGUUUAAUGUAGACUGUGACUAACAUUGCUUUCAGAGCACUUGGCAAAAAAAAAACUGAAUGCUUCUAGUUGUACCUGUAUGCACUUGUUAAAAUUGCCAAAUACAGUUUUCUGGCAUUUUAUUAA